AUGGCGAUUACUGCCGAUUUGUGCACGCAUCCAGCCAUCCUGCCCUGGGGAUUAAUGAACGCCUCAUUUGUAACCAUUUCUUGGCGGGUCGAUGCACUUUUGGGGACCACUGCAGUCGGAUUCACCCUAGAGACUCAGAUAUCCCACGUCAUACCCCCGCUCCUGUCGAAGCGCCAUCUACAAGCGGCGCAGAGUCUUCCCGCAGACCCACUCCAAAUUUCUUCAAUACCCGAGCCCUCGGUUCGUUUACCUCAGCGUGCCACGCUCUCUGUACCAGCCCCGGCGGAUAUCCCUCGUGCGGCAUCUCCCGCUUCCUCGAUAUCUUCUCGAGCUUUGUCUGACGACGAGGGUCCCUCCAACGCCCAUCCGUGGAACGGGGACAGCGACACUUCGUGGUUCGAUACCGGCCAGUCGUCUGACGGCAGUAAAUCGUUUUUCUCCGCACUCUCGCAAGCGUCGUCUAGCACAUCGUCUCUUGCGCCGGAAAAGGUUUCGGCGCCGUCCACCUCGGCAGCUGUCGCGCGAGGGAAGAAACCAUCGACGACCGAGACGGGCCAGUGUAGCAAAUGCUUGCGCAAAGAGUGUAAUGGCGGUUAUAGGUGUAAGAAGAAGAAGACGCCUUCCACCAAAGGGACCGCGGGGGGAGCGCCUGUGACCGAGAUCUGUCGCGAUUGGUGUCGAGGGAGAUGUUGGAAGUCCCCUUGUAAAUACAGGCACGGACCCGUGGAUGAUCCUCUCGAUGGCGUUGCCUCGACGGAAAUCCCUGUUGCAGAGGUUGUCACGCCCAAGGCGACUGAGCCCGCGCAGAACAUGGCGCAGCCGGCGCGCGUUCCACCACGUGUUGUCCUGCACUUCGAAACGAAUGCACGUCUAGACGACCCAGUUGUAGAACUGCCUCCCCUAUCUUCCCAAGCACGUACCCAAGAGCCGGCGGCUAUCCCCGACCAGGCACCGAGGCACGUGCCAUCCAUGAAGUACACCAUCGAAGAGUACAUGUCCGUCAAGCUGCUCCCGGGCUUUCAAGUCGACGAGAUCAUCACUGGCUUCGAGUCGCCGACGAUCCUCAUCGACAAUGUGCCAGACAACGUACCCCUCAAGAACCUCUCGCACUUGCUGGGCACGUACGGGCGCGUCCUCGACGUGUCCCGGAAAUCCAAAGGCAUUGUCUUCGUGCGCUAUGCGCAUGCGGCCGACGCUACGGCGGCGAGCACGGCAUUGGACGGCAAGGACAUCUUCGGUGCGAAGGCGCAUGUUCGGAAGCCGGUGUCGAAGGGUGAUUCGAGGAAGCUGACCGUCAACGACUCGACCGUCCGCGUCGACUUCGAGCUCCCGACGAAGGUCAUCUACGCAGGAUACGAGAACCUGGUGCAGGCGGAGAUCGGUAUCGUCACCGCCUCGCAAGGCGUCCGCGACCACAUCCCCUCCGCCGAGCACCACAAGGGCGUCCCUGCUGUCGGCAUCAACACUGUCAAAUUCGUAGGUCUGCCUGUGAAUGUCAAGACCGAUGAGAUACGCUCGUUGGGCAAGGUCAUCGAUCACAUGUGGGAGCGGCCGAACUACAAGUCGUCUUUGGAGGAGGUUACGUCGGGACUCGAGCGCUACUUCGCGCGUAAUGGCGGGGUUACCAGAUUUGCACUUCAGCCGCCACCCUAUGUCAACGGCGUCGCCACUGCCUGGGUUACGUACUCAUCUACAGCGGAAGCGAAAGCGGCCUGCGUGGCCCUCGACGGUCGGAAACCCGCUUGCGUCGGUUACACACGCAUCCAUGCACGACAAACGUUCAGUGUCUUGUACGACGUCGAAACGACUUUGUACGCCAAGCAGCGCUACCCCAUCAACAGACUGGUCACCUUCGCCCGCGAGCGCGGGGUGGACAUGGCUUUCGUAUCCAAGGAUAACGGAUCUACGACGCAAGUACGCAUGAAGGCACAUCAGCUCCAGGACGUCGUUGACUUGCGGACGGAAUUGGAACGUAUCCUCCGAGGUCAAGUUCUCCGUGACCACGACAAAGUCAUUUGGCACCCAUUCUUCACCUUCCCGCAGGGUCACGCGUAUAUCCGGGACUUGGAGGCCAGUCUGCCAGGCGUCAGCGUCAUAACGGAUGUCCGUCGACAUGAAAUCCGCGUGUCUGGGCCACAGGUGGAGCGGCGGGAAGCCUUCGGCAGGCUGAGGGCGAAGAUCAGGUCGUUGACGAGCCAGCAACUUCGGGCUAUACCGCUCGCCGGCGAUGCCAUAGGUCUGUAUCUCGACCCCGACGUCGUUGCGCUGCGCGCACGCUUUGGCGACGGUGGCGUCAUGCUGGACAUGGACAAGCGUGCGCUCGUCAUCCGUGGCGGCGAGACGGUCUACAACGAGGCGCUGAUGGCUGUCCGUCGCGCGAAGCAGCGGCGCUAUACGUCGGUGUCCUCCGACCCUCGCGUCUGCCCCGUGUGCUUUGUCGAGGCGACGAACCCCGUUACACUGCGCUGCGGGCACAAUUACUGUCGCGAGUGCAUGCACGGCUUCCUCAUGUCCUCUGCGGAGAACAAGCUCUUCCCGCUGUCCUGCCUAGGCGACGGCGGUCGCUGCACCGAGGGCAUCACGCACUACAACGCCCGCGCCGUUCUCAACCAAUUCGAGCUCGACCGCCUCGUCCAGGCCGCCUUCACCGCGCACGUCAACGCGCGCCCCGACGAGUUUCACUACUGCCCGACGCCGGACUGCAAGCAGGUCUACCGCACCGUCGGCAAGGGCACCGCGCUCCAGUGCCCGGCGUGCUUGCUGCGCAUCUGCUCGAGCUGCCACUCGGAGUACCACGGCGGCCUGCGGUGCAACGCAGACGACGGCGCGGCCGAGUUCGACGAGUGGAUGAAGGCGCACGGGGUGAAGCGCUGCCCGGGGUGCAAGGUGCCGAUCGAGCGCGACGAGGGGUGUUUCCAUGUUACGUGCACGCAGUGCCAGACGCACAUCUGCUGGCAGUGCAUGGAGACGUUCCCUGGGGGAGACGGGAUCUAUGGGCAUAUGCGCACGGAGCACGGAACCUUUGGGCUGGGGCCCAUCGAGGACUAG